AUGGCCGCGCCGCCAAACCUGGCCGCUGGCACUACAGACUGCUUCCAGACCGGUCCGCCCGCGCCCGGCGCCCCCGAGACGCAGACAGCGACAGAGCCAGAUACCUGGCUCAGUGGCAGCGUCCGGCGAGUUCACGCCUUGCUCUUUGGCCUCGCGCCAGGCACCGCUGCCAGCGCGGUGGCUGCAGCACCUGCCCGCCCUGCCCCCGCCUCCCGCCCACUCCCGCGCAUCCUCUCGCUGACCGAUUCGGUGCCUGCCGCGGCGACGCUGUCGCUGUUCCAGCUGCCGGACGGGCCACGCGCUCCGGUGGCCUACGUCGUCCUGCCCAACGACCGCAGGCUCGCCAUCCCGCUGACGCCAACCUCCACUGCCGGCGUUGUCCUUGCGGCAGCCGUCGCCGCCGUCGCUCCCCGCGUUCUGCCGGACCUCUCCCGAUGGGCGCUUUUUGACGAUGCUGGUAACAGGCUUGAGGUCUUUGACGAGCUCCUCCCGCGGGUCUGCUCUCCGGUUGCCUCCCAGUCGGCGCCGCAGCUGACUAUCUCCAUUCCGCCAGCUGCCGCCCACCCCGACGCGGAUGCCGACGACUCGCCUCCUCCGCCAACCUCGCCCCUCUCACCGGACUCGGCCAAGCGCAGAUCGCGACUGGCGCGGCUGUCGCGGUCGACGUCGAUGCUGCUGCGCUGGUCGCGGUUGUCGUCGACAAGCUCGCGCAGGCCGCCACCGCCCACGCCAGCUCCGCCGGCAACGGCUGCUUCCGGCACAACGCACAGCAGCAGUGUCGAGACAGCGCUGCUCAGCGGCGUCGGUCUCAACAGCAGUAUCGAGCUGCACUUGGUCAAGCUCGCAGCCGACGUUGCCGACGCGCAAACUGCCCGGCUGGUCCUCGAUUGGCCGGCAUCUUACAACCCGCCGGUCACCGUCGCGCUCUCCCGUCCGAUUGGAUCGUACGCAGAGCGGGUGGCGCUAGCGGUCACAGCGUGGAGCCUCCACGGUGUCGAUCCGCUUUCGGCCCACCUAGUGCUCGAGUUUGAUGGCUCCAGAGCCGUGGCCACGCUCCGGACGCUGCCGUCGCUUGCGGGAGGCACGCCGUCGCCGGCUUGUGCCGUUGUCGGCGGCGACGAGCUCAUGGGCGCCACGCUACGGCUGGACGUCCCGACGUCCAUCGCCGGCCUCACAUAUGAGCGGGAUGCCCGGCGGCUUCGUCGAGCCAUCCGCCGCCGCGCUAGGCUCAAGGCCCUGCUCAAGGUCAAGGCCUCGCUCAAGGCAGCCGUCAAGGAGCUCCGAACCGAGCAGCCGCUGCAGCCGCCGGCUUCCCUCACCCAUCGCCGCCUCGCUGAGCUUGCCCGCGGCGAGGCGGCCAAAGCAUGGGGCCGUGAAAGCAAGAACCGCUUGCUCGAGCCAAACGCCGUUCUUGCGACCGAUCUGGCCAGCGUCUAUGAGGCCUACGUGUUGACCUCGGAGCAUGUGGCCACCCUCAAGACCGCCGUCCGCUCACUGCCAACGCCAUCACCAGCCCAUUCUGUCCUGCCCGACUUGCUUCGCCAGACCAAGCCGGAGUAGAUGCGCUGAGGACAACUCAGCAAUCGGUGCGCGCCGCAGUUCAAGAUCUCCAG